AUCACUUCAGUCAAGCUCUUGUCCUAAAGCCGUUUAGUAAUCGCACAUCGGUGGUGAACCUGAUGCGGCCACAGUUCGCGCGUGAACUUUAAAUAAUUCAGCAUCACACAUUUUCGAACGGUGAUCAAGAAGAAUAACGAUGCCAGUUUUUGGUGUGCACUAAAACACAUUUAAACGAGUUUAUUCAAUUAAAGUUUCUUUUGUUCGAUAGAACUUUUAUUAAAACAUGGCAAUUCAAUCGAAUGACAUUCUGUGGAUAUUUGCUGUGGGCGCCGUAUGCCAUAUUAAUUUUGUGAAUGCAAUUCUUUAUCAAAAUAUCGAUGUACUACCGUCCGCCAAUCCGUUGCCGAUUUCAUUUUUACACCCGUCAAAUAGUCCAGUUUUAGCUGGUUUCACCGAUAAUAAUCUUGUGACAACAAACGAUUAUCAAAAAUUCAAUCAUUUUGGUUACUAUAAUCCGCAAACACUUUCAACAAUUUAUCCAACUGUUAAAUCACCAAAUGAUGUUUUUGAUGAUUCCUUGUAUGGAUACUAUCACAAUGGACGAUUUUUGAAACAAUAUUUUGUAUCGGAAGAAAAUGUUGAUGACAUCAAUGCAUUAAAUAGUUUUUUAAGUCGUUUUAUGCCCUUCGUUCCGGCCAAUUACAAUGUUCCUGCAUCAAAACUACCAAAUUUAGGUUUUCCAACAAUUCCAACAAUUCCAACAUCAUCACCAACAGUCGCCAUUCAAAACAAUCCAAUCAACGAUUUCUAUUCAAUAAAUUCGGUAAGAGUUGCACCGUUGCCCGUUCAACUGGGAUCGGGCUCGUUGGGAUAUGUUCGUUUGCCGAAUGGAGCUGUCUACUUGGGAUCAGGCUCACUCGGCUACACAAAUGAAAGACUUAAAACAGACGAACUCAACGAAGUACGCAAUCGACAAAGUCCACAAGCAAGCCCACUGCAUUUUGUGUCCAUAAAUAAUCCUGAUUGAAACUUUUGCAUUCCCAAAAGUAAAUUCCAUGAUCGCACAUUGUAAGAUAUAAGAUUAUCUCGUC